CGCCGUUUCCUUUGUAAUUACACCAGCGAGCACACCUGCACCGUGUACCUGUAUUAGGGGUGUCCAAAGUGCUGCCCCGGGGUCAUAGGUGACCCGCAGCUGUCUUUUUGAUGGCCCUCGGUACAUUCUUCAAAUCCAAUUAUACUAAAUAACUACUGUCAUUUCAUGACAAGAGUACAAAUAUUAAGAGAAUACAAUUUAAAAGUGUCAAUCUUUCAAGGAACAUUUUUAACAAUAAAGUCACAAUAUGAUCAGGAAAUAGUUUUUUAGAAGCAUAAAGUUUAGAGGGAAAAAGACCUUUUAAAAGUCGUGAUAUGAGAAACAUUCAUUUAUUUAUGCUGGAGCCUAUCCCAGCUGCUUUGGGUGGAAGGCGGGGGCCAAUCACAGAUAGGAGACACUAAACAAAUAAAACGCCAAAGGUCUCAUCCGAACGCUGCAGAACCACGUGAUUCCCCCAGCCAAUCAGAGACAAGAGCCAGGACAAGCGCAGCAUCGGUCACGUGACUCGCGCUAACGAGCUGGGUGACGUAAGGGGGCGGGACUCUGCGUCCGUGCGGACCAAUCACGUCACUGCGUCGCCUCGGUUUGCAGCAGCUCGGCUAAGGAGGAGGAAAAAAAGGAAACGGAAAAAGGCGAAUAACGGUGCACGUGAGCCACAACAAUGUCGGCCGAUUAUUCAGGCGUGUAAAAGCCGGACUCCAUGAGCCGGCAACAUCGCGGUGCGGACAUAAGCGGCGUCCAACGGGAAGCAUGGGGGAAAGACGGAUGGCCUGGCUGUGGAAGGUGAGUGGAGGAAGGAUGGGGGCUGCGCGUCCUUGUGUUCUUUUCUCCCGACAGCACGGCUGCAAGAUGAUGCGGUGUUCGCCGAUGAAGGCGGUGCAUCUCGGACGUGUCGGCGGGCUUCGAAUGGCACGGCCGUGCUCUAAUCUGCCGGAGAAUUUUGGAGGUGUAGCUUAUUUGUGGCGUUUUUCCAAUGGAAGCAGGCCCUCGCGGUGACGUCAGAGGAAGUCGCUGAUGGCGACGGGCCUGGUGGUGGGCGUGUCGCUCUUCGUGGUGGCCAUCAACUUCCAGUGGCGGCCUGGGCUGGGCGAGACGUUGGCCGGUCGCUGGGUGUCGUCCAAGCGGGCCUUCCGGGCCUUCAAGCCUCACCUGGGCUACGUCAGCAUCCCCAAACAGGAACCCCUGAAGCUGAACUGCGAGCUGUGCAGCGUGGUGUCCAGCUCCGGCCAGAUCCUGGGCCAGGCGGCGGGGGCGCUCAUAGACCGCUCGCCGUGCAUCUGGCGCAUGAACAACGCACCCACGCGAGGCUUCGAGCGCGACGUGGGCCGGCGCACCACGCUACGGGUGGUGUCGCACACCAGCGUGCCUCUGCUGCUCCAGAGGCCGCAGCACUUCUUCGGCGAGCACAACGACACCGUCUACGUGGUCUGGGGGCCGCUGAGGAACAUGCGCAAGGACGGCAAGGGCCUGGUCUACAACAUGCUGCGCCAGGUCGCCGACAGCUACCCAAACGCUCGCAUCUACGUCACCACGGAGGACAGGAUGAACUACUGCGACAUGGUCUUCAAGAAGGAGACGGGCAAGGACAGGAUCCAGUCCGGCUCGUACUUGAGCACCGGCUGGUUCACGCUCAUCCUGGCCAUGGACAUGUGCAAAGAGAUCCACAUCUACGGCAUGAUCAACGACUCCUACUGCAGGACGGGGGGCUACCGCAACGUCCCGUACCACUACUACGAGGCGGGCAGCAGGGACGAGUGCGCCGAGUACCUCCUUCACGAGAGCGCUCCCUACGGGGGGCACCGCUUCAUCACCGAGAAGUCGGUGUUCGCCAAGUGGGCCAAAAGCCACACCAUCAAGUUCUUCAACCCGCCCUGGCAACUGUCCUGACCCCCGGACAGCGUCCCAGAUCCCGGCCUGGUUUGAGGUUCUUCCUCGGACGGGUGAGGCUUGGAUCCGCACUGAAGUCGUGCGGCCGAUUCCCAAACGUGGCGGACUCAAGCCGAGCAUCAACAUCGUCAUUGACGCCAUCUCAGAAGCACGUCAGCCCCCCCACCGAGUCGCCACUGAAGGUGGUUUCAGGAUUCCGGUUCUGGUUUCUUGGAGGAUGCCAGCAGCUUUUAUUUUGCUUUUGGAGCUCAUUCGUCCUGCAGAGAUGUGUUCAAGUCCAAGCUCCGUCGUUGCGCAGCCAAGGAAGGAAGCGUGCAACGAGGCCGUCGUUGUGCUCCAUCGUGUUGUGCUGCACUUUUUUAUGUCCGGCUGGACUUUGGUGCCUCCCAUGAGCGGCCCAGGGGGGCGGGGCUGAUGGGGACGGUGCUCCACGAGGCUUCACGCUGGCCUCAUUGCUCCCUCCGCCCCCUCGUCCUCCAGAUGUAAGCCAGCCGAGCGAGCUCCGCAUGGAAGGCAUUCCCAAAUGUCACACGCAAUCCAGGCGCUAAUGACGACGUCUUCUUCUGCUCCUCUUGGAGGAACUGGCCUGUGCUUCAUUUGGGAACCAAGCGUACACAAACGAGUAGAAUCCAAAGACUUUUAGCCGCCAGGUAGCACACUGGGACGCCAAUCCCUGCUCCGUGUUUUGCUUUCCACGUCACUCAUGCGCUAAUGAGGUCAGCAGGAAUGAACGUAGCACACGACGCUAACCGGCGCCGUAAACUCAUCCAUGCGGUCGCUGCCGGACGCGCUUGUGUUCUUAGCAAGUAGCAAGGAGCAGCUGCGUCCUACCUUUGAUCGAGUAACGACUCCCGACCGGGAAAAGAAGACGGUAGCAACACCGGUGAGGUCAGAGGUCGGAUUACAUGAUGUCACGCUGCGUGUUUACCGCGUAUUUGCCGUUUUUCCACUCCCACAAACACUGUGACAGCGCAGUCAUCUGGCACCUCCAGCAUCACUGUGGAUGCUGGGGUUGCUGCUGUACGCUGCCGCCCUUCAUCACCCCCUGGGUUGGCCCCCGCCUGCAAACCUUUGCCUCCACUGCCUGGCACCCUAACGUUUCAUAUUUAGUAAACCUCCCAAGCUUAUGGAGAUAUGCUAGUGGGGGGGGGCACCCUAACGUUUCAUAUUUAGUAAACCU